GAUCUCCCCCGCCCCGCAGAUAAUGGUACAGUCCGAUGUUGAAAUUCCGAGAAUUGAGCUACUGUGUUUCUUAGAACUGGAUUCUCAGAACUGGUGAUGCACAGAGUUUCGAGGAAACUUUUACAAGUUUUUGAUAGAAUGGCCACAACUGCAGAUGGCUGCAUUCAAUUCACACGCCAUGCGGGCGACGUCCUGCUCAACUUCAACCGCCUCCGCAGCAGAAACAUCCUGACUGAUGUCACCAUACGUGUGGAUGGACAGCAUUUUCAUGCUCAUAAGGCCGUCUUGGUGGCCUGCAGUGGCUUCUUUUAUUCAGUGUUCAUGGACCCAGAGAAUGCAAACCUCAGUGCCAUCAGCUUAGACCCCAAAGUGGACCCCAAGGGUUUCGCCAUCCUGCUGGACUUUAUGUACACAUCCUGUCUAAAUCUUAAGGACAGUCAAGUCCUGGCCAUCAUGAGCACAGCCAUCUACCUCCAGAUGGAACACGUGGCUGACACCUGCCACAGGUUCAUCAAGUCCAGGCAUCUGUCUGUGAAUGUCAAAGAGGUACAGACCAACUCCUUACAUCUGGCUGAGGAGAUCCCUGCUUUAAGGCUUGUCAAUGAAAAAGAGCCAGACUGUCAAAACAACCUCACAUCAACAUCAACAUCAGCAUCCUCUCUCCAGGAGUACAGGGGCUACACCCCCAAUGUUUUCAGGGGGAUCAACACCUCUGGCUCCUAUCACGUCUAUGGUGACGUUCAUGUCCCUACUGGGAAGCUGGAAGAUUCUAAUAAGGUUGGUGACCUUCCUAGAGGAGGGUCCUGGUCCCAGAAACAAUGCUCACAGGUACCCAGCAUAAACAUGGCUCACAAUGAGUUCACUUCCAUCACCUCCCACCCUGUGCCAUGCCACCCCAGUUUCCCCACUGCUAUCAUUCGACCAGCAGGAGCCCAUGGGAGCCUUCAGAGGCCUGAUACUCCCAUGGAUGAAGACGGUAUUCAGCAUCCACAGACCGGCUGCCUAAGGAUGUCUCCAGUUUUUAUCAAAGGUGUGAUCUGUAGCCCUCAAAGCCCUCUCAGAUCUGACUGCCACCCGAACUCGCCCACCGAGUCCAACAGCAGCAGAAACGCCACACUGAGCCACAAACAGCCCUCAGACUGUCCCAAGGACACGAAGGCCCGCAACUGGAAGAAGUACAAGUUGAUUGUUAUGAACCAAGCUCCUGAUGAGAAUGAAAAGGAAGCUCAGAGAGGCAGCGCUGAAGCACUGACCAUGUCCCCUGCACGAAGCCCCUGCAGGAGCGGCGCAACAGGUGGACACAGUGAAAUCCAGGCAGAAGAGGGAGCCAGCGAGCAGAGAGAAGAAAUGCUGACUUCUCAGAGUGUGGACAACUGCAGCAGCAGCAGUACCUGUAGCAGCAUCAGCCACCACAGAUGCUCCUCCUGCGGCUGCAACAGCCCUCAGUGCAUGGAGAUGGGUCACCUAUCUCCUGACUCGUACAGCAGAGAUGACACCACCAAACUACACUCAGAGUACUCCUCCUCCAGCAGUGAAAACAGUACCUACUUCUGCAACGGGUGUGACUCCAGGUUCGUAGAAGAAGAUUCCCUGAAAGACAGCAUGGUCCAGGUCCACAGUGACAAGCCAUACAAAUGUGACUGCUGCCAGGCUGCCUUCCGCUACAAGGGCAACCUGGCCAGCCACAAGACCGUUCACACCGGUGCGAAGCCCUACCACUGCAACAUCUGUGGUGCCCAGUUCAACCGACCAGCCAACCUCAAGACCCACACCCGCAUCCAUUCUGGAGAAAAGCCAUACAAGUGUGAGACAUGUGGCUCCAGAUUUGUCCAGGUGGCCCACCUUCGUGCCCACGUGUUAAUUCACACAGGAGAGAAGCCGUACCCCUGUGAGAUCUGUGGAACGCACUUCCGCCACCUUCAGACGCUCAAGAGCCACAUGCGCAUUCAUACUGGAGAAAAGCCUUAUCAUUGUGAAAAAUGCGACCUGCACUUCAGACACAAGAGUCAGCUGAGGCUUCACCUCCGACAGAAGCACGGCGCCGUCACCAACACCAAGGCUCAGUAUCGCAGGACUCCCAGUAACAUUGUCACAGGCCUGGUGAGCGCCUGCUGAGUCUGCUGCAUUUCCCGUUUUUUUGUUUUCCUUCUGUGCCGGCUCCUGCCGUGUUGUCAAAAAUCUACAUUUUUUAGAAACACAAACGCAGAUAUUAUGCAUAUGCCCUUCAUGCGUUUAUAUAUGAUGGACAUUAUGUAAGCUCUUUGGUGUUUCAGAGAUUGUAGAAGUUUAUGCUUUCAUUGUGAAUGUCUAACAACAGAAUGUACAUUUGAAUGUGAUUAUGAGCUGGUAUUUCUUUAUUUUGCAAAUGACUGGACAGAAUGUCAGCAGUGAAGGACAGUCCUCUUUCUCAUUCACAUUAGAACUCACUGUUACACUUCUGCUUUAGAUACUGGUAUGAAUUUGCUCAGUAAUGUGGUCACAUUUUGCGCAGUUAUUUUUCAUUAGGUUUGUAAAUAAGAUAAUUUAUAUUUAAAGGUUGCCAUCUGCUGGCAGAAUACGAAUAUAUUUAGGUUGAGUGUGUUUUCUUACAUGCAUUGAGCUUCGCUUACUGUCAAUAACACAAGGAUGUGUUAUUUUGCCUUUUCAUAGUUUAUGGUACGUAUUGUAAUAUGUCCAGAUUGUCAUUCGUUCAUUUAAGAAUUGCUAUUUGUGUAUUUUUCUUUUUUUUUUUCAAUAAUUUCUAGACUCCUGUUGGUAUUUUGCACAUACUCAUAAUGCUGUAAUUCAUAUAUUUUCAUACUUUCGAUUCAGAUAUUUCAUUACUUAAAAUGUUGACAUGUUGAUAUUGUUAGUUAAGACCAUGUGCCCAGCACUUGCUAUACACUUAUUUAUAUUCUACCUUUGGUGUAAUGUAUUACAUUUUGGUGCUGCAGUGAUCCAUUUUGCCCAGCAGGAUCAUUAAAGUCUGAUCACAUUUUAUCCAACAUUAUACAUUAUAGUGCACUAGUACGAACCAGUAUAUUCAUAGUGCCUUACGUUCACAAUUUUCUAUUGGCUACCUUGCCAUACUACUAAUAUGCUAGAAGUUCGACAGUAUGAAAGUCUCGGUAGUUAAAGUAAAUUGCUUUUGUGAUGCAUUUCACACACGGUGCGUUGCCCUGUUGUCAUGUGUAUGCAUGUCAGGUACUGAUGUUUUGGAAGCUGAUAACCUGUUUUGUGUAGCUCCUAAAAUGCAGAUACACCAGGCCUCAAGCUAAAAAAUGCUCAGGAAUAUUAGUAAUGAUGUAAGCAAAUGUCUUUGUAAGUGCAUAUAUAUAAAUAUAUAUAUAUAUGAAAUAUACUGUAUAUAUGGCAUGAAAAUAAAAGGUACAUUAUGUAGCAC